AUGGGGGGAGUUCUCAAGGACCACAAAGCGGCGCCGCCGGGCCACUGCCUCACCAGGAAGCUCCUCACCCGCUCUCUCUACGCCCUCUUCCUUCUGGGCAUCCUCCACAUCUGCUUGUUCCCCCGUCGCCCUCUCCAAGCCCAUAUUCCCUCCAUCAUCGCCACAGGCACCGGCACCGGCACAGACACCGGCACCACCACCACCACCACCGUCGCCGCCGCAACGGACGACUGCGACUACUCCGUGGGGCAGUGGGUGCGGGCUGCCGCCGGCCCCCAGUACAACGGCAGCAGCUGCGCCACCAUCAAGGACGGCCAGAACUGCAUGGCCCACGGCCGGCCAGACGCCGGCUACCUCUACUGGCGGUGGCAGCCGCAGGGCUGCUCCCUCCCCCCCUUCGACGCCGUCGCCUUCCUCCACCUCCUCCGCGACCGCCACGUUGCCUUCGUCGGCGACUCCAUGGCCCGCAACCAGCUAGAGUCCCUCCUCUGCCUCCUCGCCACCGCCGCGCCGCCCCUUCUUGUCCACAGCGACGGCGAGGAGGGCAAGUUCCGGCGGUGGCGCUUCCCCUCCCACAAUGCCACUGUCUCCGUCUUCUGGUCCCCGUUCCUGGUUGAAGGAGUGGAAAAGUCAGCGGCGGCGGGGCUGGACCACAACGAGCUCUUCCUCGACGAGGUCGACCGGCGGUGGGCGGCGGAGCUCGGUUCCAUCCACUGGGUCGUCCUCUCCGUCGGCCACUGGUUCCUCCACCCCGCCGUCUACUACGAUAAGCGCGGCGGCGCGGUGCUGGGCUGCCAUUACUGCCCGAAUCUCAACCACACCGAGGUGGGCUUCUUCGGGGUCUACCAGAGGGCCUUCAGGACGGCCCUCGCCGCCGCCACCGGCGGCUCUGCCCGCAACGUGGUGGUGGCGACCUUCUCGCCGGCGCACUUCGAGGGGGAGUGGGACAAGGCCGGGGCCUGCCCGAAGACGGAGCCCUACUCGCCGGGGGAGAAGCCACUGCAGUGGAUGGACAUGGAGUUGAGAAGGCUGCAGCUGGAGGAGGCGGCGGCGGCGGGGGCGGCGCCACUGGACGUGACGGCGAUGGCCGGGAUGAGGCCCGACGGCCACCCGGGGCCCUAUAUGCGUGCCUUCCCCUUCGCCGGCGGCGCAACGGAGAGGGUACAGAACGACUGUGUCCACUGGUGCCUCCCCGGCCCCGUCGACGCCUGGAACGAGAUCCUCCUCCAGCUGGUGCGGCGGCGCUCUCUCGCCGUCGGCGGUGGAGGGCGGUGA